AUGAAGGCCUCCACCCUGACCCUGGGGUCCUUGUCCCUCGCUCUCCCAGCCCUGGCUGAAUUCUCUAACCCCGUCUUCUGGGCGGACUUUGCAGACCUCGACGUCAUUCGCGUUGACGAUGCCUUCUACUAUUCCGCGUCCAACAUGCACUAUUCGCCCGGUGCUCCCCUGCUUCGGUCCUAUGAUUUACUGAACUGGGAGUUUAUCGGCCACUCCAUUCCUGAACUGGCCUUUGGGUCCGCGUACAAUCUGGACGGUGGUCAGGCCUAUGUGCAGGGCACAUGGGCGUCGACCAUCGGCUAUCGCCCAAGUACCAAGACCUUCUAUUGGCUUGGAUGUAUCGAUGGAACGACCUAUAUUUACACGGCGAGUGCGGCCGAAGGCCCAUGGACACAGGCAUCGACCAUCCCAAAAUGCUACUACGAUGCAGGCAUGCUUGUCAGUAGCGACGACACGCUGUAUGUGGCCUAUGGUAAUAGCGGCAUUACGGUCGCUCAGCUGUCCGAGGAUGGCUCGAGUGAAGUCAAUUCUCAGGUGGUCUUUCCCACGGAUGAUGCAGGCUACCUGGAGGGCUCGCGCUUUUACGAGCGUGACGGUAAAUUUUACAUCUUCGUCACGCACCCUGCGAAUGAGGAACAUGUCCUCAUGUCGACCUCUGGCCCCUUUGGACCCUACACCCGCAAGCCGUUGGUACAGAGUGCGGGCAACCCAGUGCCAAACUGCGGGUACCCUCACCAAGGUGGCAUUGUGGACACACCCAAUGGUGACUGGUACUAUAUGGCUUUUGUGGAUGCCUAUCCUGGUGGCCGUGUGCCCGUCCUGGCGCCCCUGGUCUGGGGCGACGACGGAUGGCCAACGGUUCAGCUGGUGGAUGGAGCGUGGAGCACGACCUACGAGACCCCGAAUAUCACGCCCUCCAACACCCCGGUGUCGUCCUUUGUGCCUGGGACGGAUGAUUUUACGGGAACAACCCUCAGCCCACAGUGGGAGUGGAAUCACAACCCGGACAACGAUCGGUGGUCGCUCGACAACGGACUGAUCCUGAACACCGCAACCGUGACGAGUGACUUGUAUGCGGCGAGGAACACGCUCACCCGCCGUAUUCUCGGCCCUCAAUCCGCGGCCACGAUCCACCUGAAUACUACAUCUAUGGCUAGCGGCGACCGUGCGGGUCUGGCGUUGCUCCGCGAUUCUUCCGCCUGGAUCGGAGUAGUCAACGAUGGGGGAGCCUCUCACAUCAGCCUCACGACGGGACUCUCGAUGGACACGGACUGGAACACCGCGUCCACCGGGUCGGAGGCUGCUACGGCGGACUUUUCCGGGGAUGAAGUGUGGCUGCGAGUGAACGCAAAUAUCGAGCCCACCGCCGCCACGGGGCAGUUCUCGUAUAGUCUGGACGGAGAGACGUUCACCAACCUCGGCGAUGCAUAUGCGUUGAACAAAGACUGGGAGUUCUUCAUGGGAUACCGAUUCGGGAUUUUCAACUACGCCAGUGGGGAGUUGGGCGGCAGUGUGAAGGUGAACUCGUUUGACUUGUCUACUUAG